AUGAUUUAUCCACGCAUGCGGGUGGAGGUCUCGUAUUCCUCCACCCUUAUCAUGUGCUGGGCAGCACUACUGGCCGCGAUGUCGUGGGCUGCCGGCCGCCCGAUGCAGGGCUUGACCACUCUGGUCCUCUCCACCAUCGCGUUGACGUCGCCCCACGGAGAGAGUCGGAUGCUGCUUCCCAUGUUGUUCUUGGCAGAAAGCUUGUUAGACGACAUACUUUCACCAGGUCGUCCACCACUCGACUUCUACGCGUCAACGCUUCUCUCCUACCUCACGCUUGCCGUUGCACGCCGCGCAAGGAUGAAGAAAGUGGAUCGAAACACCUACCCAGGGGCCGCUCUGUACAUCGCUGUUGGUAUUUCAGUGCUGUAUUUGAAUUCUGCGGAUUGUGUCUUUUCCUUUGGUGGAGCCGUGUUUGUGAUCUCCGGCCUUUUAUUUUAUCUCGCGCUUAUCCCUGUUUUGGGGGAGAAUGAGGCCGUCCUGCUCGGCUCCUUGGUGGGCUUUCACGUUUGCGACAUGGUGACAAACAAUGGUACACACGCGGCUGAGGCGGCGCUCCAGGCGCCUGGGUUCGUCACACGGAAGACGCAUAUCGUUGGAAGAGGGGCUGUUAUGUCUGCCAUUGUGAUGGCUGUGGUGAUGUUUCUCGGUUCUAGGUGUUGCAUGGUUCCCCGUGUCAACAUCUCUAAAUCCUCGGAACGAGUUAUUAGCGUCCGCCGUAUCACAAUUCUCUUUUGGUGUACACUAGCCUGUGUGGUGGGCGCAAUGUAUGCGGUGGUGAGCGCGCAGCUUGGAGAAAGUGCCUUGAGGUGGGUUGUGGGGUAUCUUGCCUCGAGUCGAUACCGUCUAUGGAUACUCAUCAUGUGGGCGAUCACCAUUCCAUCCUCGGUUGUCGUUGUGGAGAAAUUGACGGGAGGCCUGCGCAAGACUGCAAGGCGGAAAAUGUUUCACUUUCUCGCUGUCGUUGUCUUCACUCCUGUGGCUCUUGUGGACCCCUAUUUUUUGUCUCUCUCGCUCUCCUCGGCUACCGCGAUCAGCAGUAUUCUGGAGCUCUCGCGCUUUUACGGCGUCUACGGGUCCUCCACCGUCAAUGCGUUUAUGCUGGGGCAUAUCGAUGGGCGCGAGUCCAUCCAGGGUGCAAUACGCACACACAUUUAUCUCAUGUAUGGACUGGGCCUCUCAAUGAUGCUGCGUUACCGCCAUGAGCAGCGAGAGACGGUGGUGGCGUUUUCGCGUUGGAUGGAGCUCUCCAUUAACAUCAUUCCGGGUCUCGUGGCCCUGGGUAUCGUGGACGCGUGUGCCGGCAUUGUGGGCAGCACCUUCCUCCUCUCCUAUCGCCGUGCCUUGGGACGCUACCUAAGUAACUUCCUCUUUACCGAGAAGGCAAACACAUCCAUAACGCACAAGACGACCACAGGGACCUUUGCAGGGCUAGUGUGUGGUGUCCUGUUUUGGUUCUUUGUCUUACUGGUGGCGGGAACCGUGAAGGACGCGGCUGCGGGGCACAGUUUCAUUCUCAUCCUUGUUUGUAGCCUCACCGAAUGCUUCAUCGAGGGCAUCGACAACCUACAGCUCCCGUUAGUGGUCGAUGGGGCCGCCCACACACUACUGGCAUUGCUGCUCUAUAGCAAAAGAGCGUGGGGGUGA